UGGAGAGAACGAGUGGUUCUCCUUCACAAACAGAUGAAAUCGGAGCAAACCAAAAGCACGGAUCCGACGAAUGUACUAAAGGAUCCUGCGCUCUUAAGGCAGAACGUAUCCCUUUCCAUCCAGGAGAUCCAAGAGCUAUUUCAGCCAUCUGGGGAAGCCAAGGAUGGAGUGCCUCUCCUAUCUAAAGAAUGUGUUCAUAAAAGCCAAGAAGAUGUGGAUGAGGCUCUACAGAAGUGGCCGGACGCUCUACAGUGCACUCACGGCGGUAUCAUCUACAACAGCGACCCUCAAGCCGAAGAGAAGGAGAGCCUCGGCAACCGCAUGGUGGACUUAUACGUGCGGCAGGAGACGGCUGGUAUAUGCGGCCGUGCAGAACUGCCGCCGGACUCUCCGCGCAGGAUACCUUUCACCCUCUCCUCGGAGCUGAGGAGUUUCAUAGACAGGGGGCGGAGCAGCUUCGAGGGGCAGCCGAACAGGGCGUCCUCGGAGAAGAGGCGGUCGGAGACGGAAGUUCGCACUGCGUCCAAAAACGAAGUGGACGGCCUCUUGGGUAAGAGCGUCGAUGUGAUCCGGAAAUUGGCAAAGAAGGGGAGUGCCCCAGUACGUUGCAGUCCAAGGAAAAAAACUUCGGUUCAUUACGGUCCAGAACAGAGACGAGCGAUUCCAAGCAAGAGUAAGAACGUUAAGGUCCAGAACAAGUCAACUCAAGAGCUUCCUGAUAUUCUAAGAAAGAAAUUGCGUGCUGCAGUGGCCACUGCCCUUGAGGGCCAAGGAGUGCAGCUAGACGAUCCUUUCUUCAGACCGUGUGGGAAGAGACUCUUUGCCAUUUGCCAGGCAUUCGUUCAGGAUCUCAGUGUCCAGAAGGGAAGCAUGAGUCAAAGAAUGCAGAAGAUUGCAGAAGCCCAUGUCAAACAGGUAGUAGAAUACGAAAGGCAGAGGGAAAGCGGAGAGUAGCAGUCAUUUCUUGUCAAACAUGUACAUAAAUAAGCCUAAUGUAAAUAUAUUUGAGACAAUAAAAUUUUUUAUUUUGAC